GGCGGGAGCGCGCUCGGCGGCGGGAGCUGCGGUCCCGCCGGGGCACGGCCGCGCCGGCCAUGGAGCCCUCGCCCAAAGACGGCGAGAGCGCGGCGGCCGCGGAGCCCAGCCGGGGCGGCACGGCCCCUUCCAGCGGGGUGGUGGUGCAGGUCCGGGAGAAGAAGGGCCCUCUGCGCGCCGCCAUCCCCUACAUGCCGUUCCCCGUGGCUGUCAUCUGCCUCUUCCUCAACACCUUCGUGCCGGGGCUGGGAACGUUCGUGUCGGCGUUCACGGUGCUGUGUGGGGCCCGCACUGACCUCCCUGACCGGCACAUGUGCUGUGUCUUCUGGCUGAACAUCGCUGCUGCCCUCAUCCAGAUCCUGACGGCCAUCGUCAUGGUCGGCUGGAUCAUGAGCAUAUUUUGGGGCAUGGACAUGGUCAUUCUUGCAAUCUCACAAGGCUACAAGGAACAGGGGAUCCCACAGCAGCUGUAGUGGCUGGGACAAGUAUGGUCAGAGAAACACGGCGAGAGAUUUCCUUUGGCAGCCGUGGGCCACGGACCUUUUCAUUACCCUUUGUCUCUCUUCUUCUCCCUUUUGUUUUGUUUCCCUGUGUCUGCCCGCUUCACCUGCCCGUCCAGCGGAGCGGAGAUGCCGAGCAGCCGGCGCAGACUUGCACUGACGGCCCCGAGCAGCGGAGAUGAGGCAAGCAUGGCUUGGCUUAGGAGUGGUCCCGGCCAGCACGCGGUGGGCGGCCGACGAGGAGGACGAGGGUGCCCGGACAAGGAAACACCCUUGGCGAAGGUGGCACCUGGGCAGGCAGCUGAACCAGGGGAGUGGGAGAUGCUGCUUUCUCUCUCCUCCCGGGGGAGGUCGCUGUGAAGACGUUUUGCCUCCUUUUUAUGCUCGCUGUUAAAGGACGCUGGCUGCGAACAUCAAAUGCCAAGGAGCUAUUCAUAGAUAUAUGUACAGGCUGUCAAAGCAAACCAGUGGUACUUUUUUCCCACCCCGAGAUUCCAUCCUUGACUGCUUUGCAGUAGUGGAGGGUCCAACCCAGCUGUCUGUGUAUAUAUGACGCUCACUGAAGCUCUGUCCCCACAGAUGUCUUGAGAAAAGUGCUUGCUGUAAAUCGUAUUGUACCGCUGAAGUGACUGGGGCCACGCCCUGCUUCCAUCCGCUGCCACCAUGCAAAGACCAGAGCUCCCACCAGCCCAGGGGACACAUGCCUAGCACAGGACUGGUGUCCUGCAGCACUUCGCCUCUAGGGCAGCGAGUACAGCCUUGUGCUGCCAAAAGCCUCUCGUGUAAAACAGUACUGGGGGAGCCAAAGAACGAGACUUUUCCUGCCCCGAAAGGGACUUGCUGGCAGCGUCUCUGUGCUUUGGAAAUGGAUCCCCUUAGAGCGCGCCGAGUGCUCCUGGCUGAAGCUUCCCCAGGGUAAAAUUAACCACCCAGCGCUUUCACACCUCUUUCCGAAGUAUUGCAGAGGGGACAACACCUCCACCUCCACCGGGCCUGGAUAAAUCCCCUCCCUCGUGUGGGAGCUGUGCUGUGACUGCUGCUGCCACCCAGCCCUGCCUCCUCGCCAGCACAGCCAGAGGUCGCAGCCCCGAGCCCUCCAGCUGGUCCAAAGUGCAUGGCACCCAGCUAUCCCAGCACCAUCAGCUGCUUUAUAAAUGUAGAUGUUUGACACGCGAGUUCUACAGCUAAAGAGUGAUAGUGGGUAACGAGGAAUAAACGCAGUUGCUUCACCCCCGUCUGCCAGCAACACGGAAUUUUCUGCUGCUCCUUUCUGAUUGUGAAAACCAGGCUUCUCCAAAACAAAACAAAACAAAACAAAACAAAAACCAAACCAAAAAAAAAGGGCUUUAAUGAAAUAGUUUCUUGGUACUUGAACCCAACCGGGCUGAACAACUGAUUUACUACUCAUUGGAAAGUAAUUCCAGGUAGGAACCAACCCAAAUGUGUAGCCAGUCAAAAACCAGCUUCAUUCUGGGUCAGCCCAACCAUUGCAAGGCAGGGCACAGUAACAUUUCUCCCAAGUUCAUUGGUGUUGCCAAAUCUGUAUUUACCACGGAAAAGGUGCUUUGGCAGGUGAGCCCCACCCUCCCAGCCUUUUGCCUGGUUGGCCAUACUUGCUGCAGGGCCUUGGCAUCACUCUGAAAUCUGUCAAAUGACACCCAGGACAAAAAGCCUUAUUUCUGCCUGUUGUGGUGAUUUGCUUAAUUGAUUUUAAUUAGAAGCAGCCGUGGCAAUCGCAGCCAGGAAGGUCAGCGGGGCUCUGUGCUGGGAGCAGCUCCGGCACAGGCAGCCUGGGGUCAGGAGUGUUAGUCUGUGACUCCAUCUGUGCCACACCCCGUGCUUCCCAAGACACAAAGCUGCAUGUUCCUGCCCACGUGCACUGACUGUCACACAUUUUAAUGAAGACCUUUCAGUUCUGCUGGAAAUCGUCCCUUAAGUCUUGCUGUGAGUAUUGUGCUGAGCUCUGUGGAUGGGAAGCUGGAGAGUCACAGUCCCAGUAUUCUCCAGGGUUUUAUUCCACCCUAGCCUUGCCUCCUGCUCGUUCUGGGCUGACCCUGCAGUUCACACACAUGCAUACACUCCAGCCAGGGUGCAUUUUCUUGCUACCCAGCCCAAACUGCAUCCACCACAAGACACCACUGAGAGUUCCUUGACAUCUCAAGCCCAGGUACAAGGGGACCCAUAAGCCUGGCUGGAUCUGACAUUCCUCCCAGUUAAAAGCAAUGUCUUCUCCCACACGCUUGCUAACCUUGGUGUGGCAACACAGCCCUGUAUUUUAUAGCUGACUUUGCUUCAUGCUCACACACACACGAUGCACUUUGAAGCAGUGCUGCAAUUUAAUUCCCAAACUGGCACUCAGCAUUCCCACCCCCCUGUGGGAGCAGCAUGCUGCAAAACCCCAGCUCACAGUGGCACCAACUGAACCAGGGUUAAUUACAGUGAAUCCCAUCAGAGCUCAUGCCACCCACAAGCCAUCCUUCCUCCUCUUGUCAUCUGUAUAAAUAACCAAGCCAGGCUAAAAGCCAAGUCCUGCUUCUCUUGCACCCACCCACUGGCCAGAGGGAAGCAACAAUGCCCUGUCCCCACUGCUGGAAUGGUGCAGUGGGAAGUGAAGGCUUCAUUCAGGCUCUAAGAAUGGCAAGGCCAGAGUAGCUCAAUUCAUCUUCCAGCUCUAAGAACGCUUUCAACAGGCAGGUGAAAGGGAAUGGCACAUUUUGGCUUGGGACCAAAACAGGGGCUCACCUCUACCAGCCCUGCCUGGAGGUGAUGGCAGUGCUCUCCCAAACACCCAGCAAGUGAUCCCACCCUGACCCACACCCCUCCUUCACCCACCACACACAGACAGAGGCGCUGCUCCCGAGGCUGGGAGGGGGAUCGCUGGCUCAAGUCUGUGUUCUCCUUGGUUUUGGCCAUGUAUGGGUACAUCAGAUUUUUCCACCCUAGGAAGGAGGGAGCAGGGGCCUGCCCACCUGUGCCAUUUGCACCUUGCUGGUGAGCCCACCUUUCAUUUUCAUACUGGAGCCCAAACUGAGGGGUUGCAGAGGACCAUUUGUACGCCUAUUUAUAUCACUGAGUAUUGGAUUGUGACUUCUUGUGUUUUGAUACUGUGGAUAUUUUUUUUUAAAGUUAAAUAUAUUCUAUUGCUGGACAGCUGGAA